AUGGCCCCCAACAUCCGCAAAUCUCACCCACUACUAAAAAUAAUCAACAACUCCCUAAUCGACCUGCCUGCCCCCUCUAACAUUUCUGCUUGAUGAAAUUUCGGCUCUCUACUGGCCAUCUGUCUAGCCACACAAAUCUUAACAGGCCUCCUGCUAGCCAUGCACUACACCGCAGACACCUCACUCGCCUUCUCCUCAGUGGCCCAUACAUGCCGAGACGUCCAAUAUGGAUGACUCAUCCGCAACCUUCAUGCUAACGGCGCCUCAUUCUUCUUUAUCUGCAUCUACCUGCACAUCGGACGAGGCCUCUACUUCGGCUCCUAUCUGUACAAAGAAACCUGAAACACAGGGGUAGUCCUCCUACUCACCCUCAUAGCAACUGCCUUCGUAGGAUACGUCCUGCCAUGAGGACAGAUAUCAUUCUGAGGGGCCACCGUGAUCACUAACCUAUUCUCAGCCAUCCCAUACAUCGGGCAAACCCUAGUAGAAUGAGCCUGAGGGGGAUUCUCAGUGGACAACCCAACUCUAACCCGAUUCUUCGCCAUCCACUUCCUACUGCCCUUCCUAAUUGCAGGAAUCACCCUAGUCCACCUGACCUUCCUACACGAAUCCGGCUCAAACAACCCACUAGGAAUCGUGUCAGACUGCGACAAAAUCCCAUUCCACCCCUACUUCUCUCUCAAGGAUAUCCUAGGACUCGCCCUAAUAAUCACCCCCCUAAUAGGACUUGCCCUAUUCUCACCCAACCUCCUAGGAGACCCAGAAAACUUCACCCCCGCAAACCCCCUAGUAACCCCCCCACACAUUAAGCCAGAAUGAUACUUCCUAUUCGCCUACGCUAUCCUACGCUCAAUCCCAAACAAACUGGGGGGCGUACUAGCACUAGCCGCUUCUGUGCUAAUCCUAUUCCUAAUCCCCUUCCUACACAAAUCAAAACAACGAGCAAUAACAUUCCGGCCACUCUCCCAACUUCUAUUCUGAGUACUAGUAGCCGACCUCCUCGUCCUGACAUGAGUGGGGAGCCAACCCGUCGAACACCCAUUCAUCAUCAUUGGCCAACUCGCCUCAAUCGCCUACUUCACUAUCCUCCUAUUCCUCUUCCCUAUCGCAAGUGCCCUAGAAAACAAAAUACUCAACUGCUAA